ACGGAAAUAGAUUUUGGUUUGACUUCUCUGGGACACCGUAGUAGGUGCCGGGUGACAGAGAGUACGGUGGCCGGGAAGGCUUAGUGGAGAAGCGUGAGAGUUAUGGCUGCUCGGGUUGGGAAGCGAGGUGGAGGGGGAGAUGAGGAGCAGCCUCCACUGUAUGCCGUGCUCAUAGCAGACAGCUUCAAUAGGAGGUUUUAUCCGAUCACCAAGGACCGGCCACGGGCUCUUUUACCACUGGCAAAUGUGGCUUUAAUAGAUUAUACCCUGGAAUUUCUUACUGCCACUGGGGUUAAAGAAACAUUUGUUUUUUGCUGCUGGAUGGCAAAUGAGAUAAAAGAACAUCUGAGGAAUUCCAAAUGGUGUCGACCUACCCACUCCAAUGUGGUGCAUGUAGUGACCUCUGAACUUUACCGCUCACUUGGGGAUGUCCUCAGAGAUGUGGAUGCUAAAUCUUUAGUUCGAUCAGACUUUAUCUUGGUCACUGGGGAUGUAGUUUCUAAUAUAAACAUUGAAGCAGCUUUGGAGGAGCACAGGACACGUCGGAAAUUGGAGAAAAAUAUUUCAGUAAUGACCAUGAUCCUGAAAGAGUCCUCGCCUGGUCACCGCACAAGGUGUCUGGAGGAUGAUGUUGUCAUUGCUAUGGAUGGCAAAACGAAACGUGUUCUACUUUACCAAAAAAGCCAGGACUUGAAGCGAUAUCACUUUCCAACAAGUAUCUUCCAGACCAAAACUGAUGAAAUAGAGCUGCGACAUGAUUUGUUGGACUGCCACAUAAGUAUUUGUUCUCCUCAGGUAGCAGAGCUAUUUACAGACAACUUUGACUACCAAACAAGGGAUGACUUUGUUCGCGGUAUCCUUAUUAAUGAAGAGAUCCUGGGAAAUCAAAUCCACCUUCACGUGACUCAGGAAGAGUAUGGUGCUCGUGUCUCCAACCUGUCCAUGUAUGAAGCUGUAACGUCGGAUAUUCUGUGUCGCUGGCUGCACCCUAUAACUCCUGAAAUGAACUUCACUGACCAAGACCCACAUAAUUAUACUCACUCCCGUCACAAUAUUUACAGAGGGGCAGAGGUCAGUCGUGGCCAUGGCAGCAUUCUGCGUGAGAAUGUUUUGAUCGGCAGUAGUACUACAAUUGGGGCAAUGUGUAACAUCAGCAAUGCCAGCAUUGGAAGAAAUUGCAGAAUCGGUGAUAGAGUCAUUCUUGAAAAUGUGUGCAUUUGGGAUGAUGUUCACAUUGAAGACGAUGUCACAGUGAAAAAAUCUAUUAUUUGCAAUAAUGUUGUUGUGAAGAAAGGCGUGCAGAUUAAUCCACAAUGUGUUCUGACUUCAAAGGUAAUUGUUGGCCCUGAUAUAAAUCUGCCACAGAACACUGUUAUUUCACUACAUCAUCCAGAUGAGGAUGAAGAAGAUGAUGAUGAAUUUAGCGACGAUUCAUCCAGUGGUAAAGAAAAGGACAAGUUAAAAGUCAAAGUUUACAACAAGGAGGAGGUUGGAUUGAAAGGAGAAGGCUAUGUAUGGAAAUUUUCAGACAUGCAAGAUGACAAAGAGGAGGAGGAGGAGGAGCAACAAGAGCAACAAGAGGAGGCAUUGCAGAGGAGUAUGUGGGGCCUUACCAUUACCAAUGAAGAGGACAGUGAUAGCGAAAGUGGAAAGAGCACAACUUCAGAGCAAAUAGACAGUCGGCCAACCUCCCCUCUUCUUGAUGAUAUUAAAGUUUUUCAGAAUGAGGUUUUGGGAACACUACAGAGGGGCGUAGAGGAAAACAUCUCAUGUGAAAAUCUUGUCCUAGAAAUCAACUCUCUCAAACAUGCCUACAACAUCUCUCUUGUGGAAGUCAUGCAAGUUUUAUGCAAGGUGGUAUUGGAGUUCCCUUUGCAGCAGUUGAAUGGAGUGCUUGAUGUCAAUCCUUACUGCAGUACUCUGCUACCUCUCCUGAAGAGAUGGACUCCACUUUUCAAGAACUAUCUAAAGCGCGCUUCAGAUCACUUGUGCUGUCUUAUAGCUAUGGAAGAAUUCUUCCUGGACCACGAGUCUCUUUGGGCAGCAAUUGCAAAGGUUCUAAUGGGAUUUUACCAGCAGGAUGUACUAGCAGAAGAGAUGAUUCUUCGUUGGUUUUCACAAACGGACAUAACAGAUAAGGGACGACAACUGCGUAAAAAGCAAGCGCUGCAGAAGUUUAUACAGUGGUUGGAAGAAGCUGAGGAGGAAUCGUCAGAUGAUGAGUGAUGAGGACAGUUUUAUUGCCCGACUACAGAAUCCUAUGCCAGAUGAUACCUGUGGAUCUUCUGCUUCAGUUCCAGCACACAAGCCUAUGUUCCCAGGGUGGCUUUAUUGACUUUCUGUUCAGAUUUUAAAAGGCAUUAAAAGAAUUACCUAUUUUUGGUGCCAUAAAAUAUUUACUUUGCCCUCCCCAGAUGUGUACAUCAUCUUGUGGUUAUUUGGCAAAUGCAAGCCACCAAAUUUCCAAUGUAAAUAUUCAUGGAUGGGAAAUAUAGGAAGUGGUAUGUAAAAUAUUGUACUUUUAUUUGUACUGAUGCGAUGGGCAUUGUUGGUUUUAAAACAUUUUUCUACAAACAACAUUUAUUACAUACCAUAUAUUUCCCACUUAUGUAGCAGGAUGUUUAAUAAAGGUGGUCAGUUGCCUUUAACAAUUAAUAAAUGACCAAGGAUCCAUGGCAAUCUGCCCAUAGUUUGCUACAUGACCAUAUAUGCUAUUGCCCACAUAGAAGACUGAAAAGCUUGCAUGUUUGAGUGCAAAUAUUUAUUUCAGGGAACAAAUAAAGUAUAUCUGGAUUUUG